AAAUUCAAUGUCUCGUACAAUCCACUCAUCUCUGGUGUAAUUCCAUCGACUGGACAAUUGGCAACAUUUGAAGAAGAGUCUUUCCUUGGCGAUCCACUCUUACGCCUUCCACCUUUUAUAAACAAAACGAGAAGAGGCGAACCGGAAGAUUGGAAGAAACACGAAGGACCCAAGAAUCAGAAAAUGAGUGCAGUAUUGCUGGCGUUCUUAGUUUUAAGUAUAGUGUUCUUGUUAUGUGGGAUAAUUUCUGUCAUCUUUUGCACACUGGUAAGGAGUCCGGUGGAGCCGCCAGGAUUUUUGUUGGAGAACGUAAAGUAUAGCCACGACGGAGCGUCAAGUUCCUGUGCAGCAUCAACAGGGACGUCAGACUCUGUUAAGGUUAUCCGGUUAGAUAAAACGGCAUUUACAUACGCUGACAUACUCAAAGCCACCGGGGACUUUUCGGCUGUUAGAAUUAUUGGGAAGGGAGGCUUCGGAACGGUGUACCGGGGUGUGUUGCCUGAUGGGAGAGAUGUAGCAGUGAAGAAACUACAGAGAGAAGGGGUUGAAGGGGAGAGAGAAUUUAGGGCUGAAAUGGAGGUUUUGAGCGGGAAUGGAUUUGGGUGGCCGCACCCGAAUCUUGUAACACUCUAUGGGUGGUGCCUUUACGGAGCGGAGAAGCUGUUGGUGUAUGAGUACAUGGAGGGUGGGAGCUUGGAGGACCUGGUGGCGGAUAGGACAAGGCUGACAUGGCGAAGGCGUCUCGAUGUGGCCAUUGAUGUGGCUCGUGCUUUGGUGUUUCUGCAUCAUGAGUGCUUCCCGGCGAUUGUGCACCGGGAUGUGAAGGCCAGCAAUGUAUUGCUGGACAAGUAUGGGAAGGCGCAUGUGACGGACUUCGGUCUAGCUAGGGUGGUCAGUGCCGGAGAGAGCCAUGUAAGCACAAUGGUUGCAGGAACCAUCGGGUAUGUCGCGCCGGAGUAUGGGCAGACGUGGAAGGCCACCACCAAGGGCGAUGUCUACAGCUAUGGAGUGUUGGCAAUGGAGUUGGCAACCGGAAGGCGGGCUGUUGAUGGUGGGGAAGAGUGCUUGGUUGAGUGGGCGAGGCGGGUUAUUGGGAAUGGACGGCAAGAAUCGAGCCGAACCAUGGUUCCGGUGGUGCUUCUGGGAUCUGGGCUUGCUGAGGGAGCAGAGGAGAUGUGUGAGUUGCUAAGAGUAGGGUUACGGUGCACGGCGGAGGCGCCUCAAAACAGACCAAAUAUGAAGGAAGUGCUAGCAAUGUUGAUCAAGAUUUCCAGCAAACAGAGUGAUAAUGGUCAUGGGUCCUUCUCACCGUCUUAAAAUUAGGACUUGGGAGAUGUAGAGCUCCUGAAAUUUGAAGUUGUCCAUUAUUAGUAAUCCAAAGCUUUCAUUUUUAUUUUUAUGUUGUUCAUACAAAUACACCAAUAUGUACACACAUUUUCAAUUUUUCAGUGUAUUUGGUCUUACCAUUCUUCAUGUAUAACUUGUAUACAUUCUUCAUUCAUUGUUGAGAAGUGAGAAGAAAAUUACAAAUUUUGCUCCUUUUGGUAAAAUUCUAGAUUAUGAUUUUAUGAUUAUGGAAAGGGACUCACCUUGCUGAAACUUUGAAGUUAGAUAUUUGCUAGAACUUAAUUACUGGUGAUUCAGAGGGCUUGGUCUGGGUUGAGUGAGUGAUGAGUUCAAGAAAGUGAGUGGUUGGUUAGUUUCAAAUCAACCAGCCAGGUUAAAUUGGGCAGUUGAAAUUAGAUUCUUG